CUUACUCUUCUACUUCAACGCUGCAACGCCGGAAAUGAAAGACGGUGGAAAUCGAUUCUCUUCUUACGGGAUCGAUCUUGUGUUCUCUGCUAGUUAUAGUACUAAAUGCCUCCCCCCAUGGCAGAAGUUUGCCUGAAAAUGGUGAGUGACGAUGAGUCCCCGGCGAAAUGCCGAGAGACUCGCCGGCGACAAAUGGUGAUGCGACGUUCCUCCGCCGAAGGUCCAACCGAGCAGUCAUAUUUACCGGAGAAUGAGAAUAUUCCCCCAAAGCGUGGGGAGAAGAGGCCAGACAGUCCGGAACGCUUAGACGAAUGCAAGCGGAAUCGGACGUCCAAGAUCGUUGAGUCUCCAUCAUCGUCGUCAUCUUCAUCGCAAUCUUCACCAAGCGGAGGAGCAGAAGUUUCGGCAUCGGUGCCUUCGAUCACCAUGGGGCAGAAUCUGACAAACGAUCUGGUACCGAUUUUCGGUUCUAUAUCGGUAUCAGGACGAUGCCGAGAAAUGGAGGACGCCAUAUCCGUACAUCCGGAUUUCUGCCGCCCGGAGAUAUCUGAUCGCCGACCGUUGCAUUUCUUCGCUGUCUACGACGGUCAUGGUGGCUCUCACGUUGCGACACUCUGUAAAGAACGGAUGUACGUUUUCCUACGGGAGGAGUUGAUGCGGGUGGCGUCAAACUCCGAUGAGGGCGGCAGCAACUCUGCUGCACAACAACAAGAAUCACAGGAGGAGAGGUGGAAGUCGGUGAUGAGGAAGUGCUUUGAGCGUAUGGACGAGGUGGCUCUGAGCUCAUGUGCGUGCGGGGGUGUCACCAAUCCAUGUAUGUGCGAACAAGCCGGAGGGACGUCCGACAUUGUGGGAUCCACCGCCGUCGUCUCUGUUCUCACCCCUGAUAGCAUCGUCGUCGCAAAUUGCGGAGAUUCUCGCGCUGUCCUCAGCCGUGGUGGGAGGGCUAUUCCUCUUUCCACCGAUCACAAGCCUGACAGGCCUGAUGAACUAGGAAGAAUUGAAGCAGCCGGCGGCCGUGUUAUCUACCUUAAUGGAGCUCGAGUGCUCGGAAUCCUUGCCAUGUCCCGCGCUCUAGGUGACAAGUACCUAAAACCUAUAGUAAUCUCCGAACCAGAGUUAACAAUCACAGAAAGGACCCCUGAAGAUGAGUGCUUGAUCCUUGCAAGCGAUGGCUUGUGGGAUGUCCUCUCAAAUGAUUUGGCUUGUGAAGUGGCUCGCAAGUGCCUCCACGAGGGAGGUCCCUCUACUGCCGCCAGAAUCCUUAAUGAAGAACCUCCAGAUGAAAAUGCUACAGCAACAGAACAAAUGGAGCAGUCAAGAUGCUCUCUCGCUGCUGCAUUACUCACUCGACUUGCACUAGGACGGAAGAGCUCUGAUAAUAUCAGUGUCAUUGUCAUUGAUUUAAAAAAAGGUUAAGAUGGAAGGAAUUGGAGAACUGCACCAUUCACAUCAACCUUGAGGUAGAGAAACAGAAAGCUGUACAGGUUCCAUAACGCAGAGAGAGGCAGAGAGA